GCCUUCAGAUUGGACUCAGAUAUAUUGAAAACAAAUUCUUCUUAUUUGUACCAUCUGGGAAAAUUUCUGCAGCCUGCAAUUGGGUACUAUUCUCGCUGGCUACUGUGUUGGCGGGCUACAUUGCACGGCUGGGAUGUCGGUACACAGUUUCACAGACGCUGCGAUGGAAAAAGAGACACAGUUACCAUAAUAAAAAAGGGUAAAUACGUUUUUGGAGGUUACACGGACAUUCCUUGGGGUAAGAAAAUUGCUUGCUCAGUUUAAAAGCAAAUAGCAAUAAAACGUAAAGUUGAGCCAGACCAGUCUUCUUAACUAUUUUUACUGCCGUAAGAACUAGGGAGGCUGGUUGUUACGUAUUAACGAUUCUGUAAAAUUGCGGAUAUGUUGAAUAUCUAUCCUCCCGGUUCCUGGCGAGAAAAUACAUGGACCAUAGUAUUGACUCAAAGGUUACCUAAGUUUUCUAUACAGGCCACCAAACUGUGACCCCCACGGGCAUUUUCCUCUAAUUUUUGGCAACAUAGCUAUUCUUACUAACUCGAGUACGCUGAUUUCGAAAAUUACUGUUGUUGCCAAUCUCAAGCUUGUGUUAAGGUGGAGUUUUGGGGCAUUUCAUUAUGACGUCACUGUCCAAAUAAGAAGAUUUCUUUCCUUCCAUAAUUAUAAAAUUAAAUAGAUCCAGAAAUGGUUUUAAUUUUAAAGACCAUUUAGGGAAUUUAUGAAACGCUGUUUCGAAUUUCGAGGCGUCACAUGACAAUUGACUACACCCUUUGAUAUAAAAUUUACACAAUUAUGGCUAAAGAUGUGAUAUUUAUCGUAAUAAUUUUACUGAGAUAAUUAAAAAGUAUAUUGAAAUAAGCCAUUCUUUGAUUGCACGUGCUCUUGGCACUUUUCUAAAUACGUUACCAGACCAAGGCAACUUUGAAACUCAAGUAAGUUCAAAUAGUUUAAGAUAGCCGGACUGCUUAAUAAAAUGUAGGUGCAUGGAGACAUCUAAAAAGAAAAGGAGCUGCGGAGGGGCUUUCCACAAGGACCGACGAGAGAUGUGCAAAGCUGCUAGAAGCGCAAAGGCACGGAAAAGUGCUUGUGAUGAACAAAAUAAAGAGACAAUAAAAAGAGAAAGAGUAAGAGAUGUAACCACUCCUAGGGCUUUCCACAAGUUGCUCGGCAACUUUUUGGCAACUUCUCGUACUUCGAGCAACUUCUCGCGUUAUCUUCUAAAUCUGAGAUAUCGGAGCAGCUUUUAGUGCUUCUAAUUGGCCUUUCUUCCAUAUUUCACAAUGUUUAAAUAAACAAUUUCUGAAUUUCCUAUGAAGAAAAAGAAGCGAAAUCCUCCCUCCUGGGGCAGAUCAUGGGCGCAAGAUAAAAGUAGCCGGGCUGCUAGGUCAGCUGUUUUUAGAGAAAUUCAAAAUGGUGGACGAAGAUUCACACUCGACUGACUUGUGUCUCGGGUGAGGAAGGUCAUUCAACAUUUUUAUUUGCUCAUUAGACUUUCUGGUUUUUAUUUAGGACAAAGUUAUUUAGCAACGCUGGUUACACCUCAAAAUUGCACAAAAUGCUUAGAAAUCUUACUUUUGUUGUACAAGUUGCAUAUUUUAGCAUCAGACCAAAAAAAAGUUUUUUGUUUUUUUUUUCGAGCAACUUUUGAGGAACUUUUGUUUGUUUUUUGAGCAACUUCUUUGAGAAAUACGGGAAACUUUUUGAAAAAUCUCGAGUAGCUUGUGGAAAGCCUAACCACUCAUGACUCACUUCGUCUCACAAUGGCACAGAAAUUUGUUAUCGUGACUUCAUACACAAAGUGAAAAUUGAGCUUCUGAAGGAAAAGCUAUAUGUUAAAUAGGCAACUUACGAUCCGACGACGGCGACGGCAACGGGAACGCCACAAAAGCAAUAGGUUUAAUUAGCAAAACAACAAUUCUGCACUUGAAUCGCGCUUUUUUGUACAUUUCUUUGCCGUCACUGCACGACUACGACGUGAAAAUGUUUAAUUUCACGAUGUACAGAGGAAGUACACAAUCGACGUCGAACUUUCCUCUCUCUUUCUGAACUUGGAUAUGGUUCUUAGGAAUUCAACUUUAGGAGGGUUCGCCUACAUUUGACAAAGUGAGUGACUUGGAGUAAUCUCGAUGAAGAUUGAAAGAACGCGAAUUCACUUUUUUCAGCGACGUUUUACCUGCCGUCGCCGUCCUAGGGUCUUAAGGUCCCUAAUAAUCCCCCCUAAAAGUAUUUCUUUUGACGACGAGGCGGCCUCCACUACAUUAAAAGGGCAAGUAGCACGAAGUAGUAGGAGAAGUGUCGCACCUGUACAAUGGAGUCUUUCUGUACUUUGCCAAAAAUCCGAAAACACCGAGAGGCGUUCAAAUCAUUUACAUCAUUCAAUGUAAGCAAUUCAGUUCCAGCAAUUGAAUCAUCUUAUCUGGAUUUAACCUGAAUUUCAGACGAUUACUUCGAGUUGUUUUUAUUUCCUCAGUAGGGUCUGAAUCGACUGGCCGCUAAUACCGUCCAGUGACCUCACUACUCAUUUUCCUGAGUCAUGCAAAAAGUAAAACACGAUUUUCAACCGGCAAACAAAGAAAUAUCGUCUGGAAAUUUCUACAUGAUACAGAAGUGCUUUACUCUUUUUGAAUGUAAUUCAUAUUGAACGUUUAAACUGUCAACUGCAUGCAGUACUCUGAACGAAGUCUGUUGUACGUUUAAUUCAAUACUCAAACUCGAUCGCAAUCACGCAGAUAAAACAAGCUCAAUAAAAUACACAAACGGAACACUUCAAAAACACAACGAUUUGCUUUUAAAAAAAGAAGCUAUUUGCUGCUUAACGAAGAAGAAAAAAAAACAAGAAAAAAAAGUUAAACAGAAUCAUUACACUUGACGGUGAAAAUUACAAGACUUAAAUCCCAGAAAUUUUCGCUUUCGAAUUUUUUUAACUCCACGCAAACAUGCCAGGCAUCCGACCCUGCAAUCCCGCUAAAAUUUCUCAUAACUAUACAUAAUUCUGCGAAUGUUUGGACAAGAAUCAACCAAUCAAACACUACCCGGUUUUCGGGGAGUGACGUCACACUGGACGGGAUUAGCGGCCGGUCGAUUCAGACGUUGCCAAAAGAGUAAAAAGGGACUCGAAGUAAUCGUCUGAAACUCAGGCUAACCUGGAUAAUGCAAUAAAAUUCCGCCUAGCUGAGGUCAGCGAUCUCAUUGCUGCAAAAGGGCCGGGAAGGUACAAAAAGUGUCUGAGCGCUUAGUACCAGACCAGCAAAAAGAAAGAGGAAUCUCAACAGGCAGUUAUCGUUAUGAUUUUAUCUGCUUUGAGCUCGGCCACUAUACUCUAGUUAUCUGACGUAUGGCCGGGAUAUAAUAAGCUAGCCCCAAAAAACAAUACACAAAUACCGCAGUCAUUUAUCAACAGGAAAGCAUCAUGAGAAAAGUUGGAGACUUGUUCGAAUUCUUAAGCACUGAUACGGGGGAUUAAAUCAUACAAGUUAUUAUGUACUCUCCUAGUUACUCAACGCUGUUAGUAGAUCUACUGCACAAGGAGGGCCAUAUACAGAUACAACAGCCAAAUCCUUAAGUUGGACCCCUCACUGGGGCAAGAUACAGUCUGUUCUUGAAAGAGAUAAAUGGCACUGUUGUCCUAACUGGUUCUAAACCCGGACAACUUCCUGAUACAGUGCACUGCUAAUAACAUUGACAUCCACCAUUCGUUACUAGGUGGAAAGGACACUUUUCACGCAACACAGGUACCUGGUUGACAAAGAGGCCCAAAUAAAACAAAGCAUUUAGCAAGCUUGAGGCCCAAAGUGAAUUGUGAAAUAACUAGGAUUCAACAUUGCACAAGAAAAACCAAAAGUUGUAUAUGUAUUCCUAAGUACAUUACAAAAAAAUAAUUGCUGUCUUUACACUAGGCUGUUAAGUAAGACUUAAGAGCUGCUGAGUUUUACUUAACCAAAAAUUCGUGUGUGAAGGCCUAAGUAAAAUCUCAAGUAACUUUACUUUGCAUUUCAUUAAAGUUGGAAAGUUGAAACGAUUCAAGAAAGUUUUAAGCGACUUGAAAAGCAUCCUUAAAACCGACUUACUUGCGGUUUCUUGGGAUGCUUACCAUUUGACAGAAAAAUCUGGCUGGGGUGUCGAAAGCAUAAUGGUAAGCGAUUUACCAGUUUACCGUAGAGUUGCCACAUCCGUUACGGUUUGAAUCCAAAAAGGGGGCGAAUGCGUCUGGAACCGAGAAAUUGGUAGUUGGUAAGCAACAUUGCGUUUGGUUUGUACCAACUGGAAUGAACGGACUACCUCAAAACGUACUCCUCAAUUUUUGGUUGGAAUUUCCGAAAAGUGACCUUACCAUUUACCAUCCAUCCGGAAUUUCCGAAAUUUUCUGUCAAGUGGUAAGCACCCUUGAGGUUUGAGAAAGGCGAAACGCGUCAAUCAAUCGUAGUUAUGUUGCGUGGGAAAAUAGCCUUAAGUUAACCUGAAGUAAAAAAGAAUCGGUUGUGUGUGAAGCUUUAUUUUACUUGAAGUAAUUAAAAUUUGCUGCUCUUGAAAUAUUUCUUAGCUUAUUUAGGCUCUAGUGUAAAGACUACCAAUGUGAUAAAUAUACAAGUGAUAAGGUGAUUUUCCUAUAAGAAGGCGUGGUCAAGUGUCACGUGAUGGCUGUAUGUUAAUAUAAGCAGCGUAAAAACAAUCAGAAAUUCUUAGAAUAUAAUUUUUAUAACACUAACAACGCUUUAAAAGAAUUUCUGUCUCUUUUAAAUUUGGAAUUGUUAAAGGAAAGAAAACCCCUCAUUUGGACAAUGACGUCAUAGUGAAAAUCCCCCAAACUCCACCUUAGCACAAGAUCUGAGUUUGGCAACAAUGAUUUUCAAAAUCAGCGUACUCAAGCUAGUAAGAAUACCUAUGUUGCCAAAAUCAGACAUAAAUGCCUGUGGGUGUCACAUUUUGGUUUCCUGUGCACCCGACCAGACUAUACCCGCGCAAAAAAGUGAAAACUACCGUAUUAUAAUAACUCACAGCAAUUUUUGCGGUAAAAUCCUUUAUAAUUACCUGACGGGAUACCCGUCGAAUGGAGUAUAUGAGAUACGUCGUCUUUACCCGCGGCGUUCUUCACCAUCAGUAGGCCAUGUCUGAUUACAGGGUUAUUAAUUCUUUCAUUUAAGUCCAAUUCUUAUUUCCUCAGUGGCACUUACCAAGGUAACAUGUAGAUUUAGCGAGGGCCAAAAAGGAAGCUCUCAUUUGAUCUUUUAAGUAAUGCCUUUGAAGAAAGCUGUAAACCUGAGGCUUCGAUACGGACAGUUGUUAGCGGAUACCCUAUUUUGACAAGUGGAUGUCUAAUAUCAAGUUAAUCACAAAUCGAAUAUACCUUAGAUUAACGCUUAUAACAAGUGAGUGUGACAUUUUACAUGCGGUAAUAUGAAAGGGCGGACGUAAGGAGGGAAGAUUGUGUCACAAUUAAAAUUCCUUGAAUGCAUAGAUAACCAAAUUUUAUUAUCCAUAGUCCCCGGCUGCUUGUUUUUCGCGCGCACGAGAGCCCCGCCGUUAUACCUAAUGUUUACCUACAAUCCUUGUCACAUUACGUUGGGACACCCCGUGCUGUACCCAUUUCCUGACAGAAAAAAUGUGCUCCUUCCCUCCCAGUGUUGUUGUUUUUUUUGCUCCUGUCAUUCCAACUCGCAAAAUCCAACAUUAAGGAGGUAGAAAAUACCACUACUGUCCCAGCUAUUGUGACGAGUGUUGUAGGUAUGUCAAUUCUUGUACCUUGGUAAAACGAUCAAGUCAAACAAGUCGACAUCAUGUGUUCUUAUUUACAUUGGAUUAUUACGGGAUGAAAAGAAAUGCUUUAUUAUUUUGUUUUCAUUUCAUUUAUUUAUUUCUGCCGCUAAAAUUCAUAACCUCGAGGAAUCCAUCUCCAUUGGUUAUUGUGUCUAGUUACAUAUUUUGCUUUUGUUGUUUACACUUUUAGUUUUUUCGAUCAAGUUAGUGUGUGUGAAGUUCCAGGCGGGGUACCCCCCUAAAUUUCGGAUAGAUGUUUGUCUCCGAGGGCCUGAAGUACUGACCCUACUUGAGGAUGAGAGAAACGAAAACUGAUACCUUAUUUAAGGGCGUGUCUCCGUAAAACCGACCAGUGAUUUCGGAUCAAAAAAUUAAUUUUCCCUGUAUUCUAGGAUAUUAAAGUCUUUACCUAAUUAGUUACAAAAAUGCAUUUUGUUUGACCGGAAAUGCGAAAUAAUUUUUUACCAAUUUUUGAAUUUUCGGCCGGCUGGCACCGCGCCAUAGCCUUUGAAACUGCAAAACUUGCCUACAUUGCCGGCGCUACAGAAAACAAACAACUCGUUCAAGAAGCCCGAUUUUCUUUUUAAUAUACGGAUACACCACCCGAAUUAUUUAUUCAUUUUAACGGCAAGAAUCUUUUUCCUUGCACGUGUUAUCAGUCUGCCAUCAAAACCAAAAAUAGCGCAACUUUGAGGGCAGUUUAAAAAAGUGUGGCACCUGUCUGAACGUUGCUAUCUGUAUUAAUACAAACUAGAAAUGAUAGUAAAACGUAAAAAGGAAUAAAAUUUUUGUGCUUUUCACGUUUUCGAAUAUGAGCACCGUUUGAAUUUCCAGAAAUUUCGAAGACAAGAUAAUCAACGAACACUUGCCUUGUUAUUCUCCUCUUUUAACUUCGCUGUUUGUAAUGUCCUUCUUGGUUUGUAGAGCCGGGAUACUAUUGUGCAUUAAGCAAUCGCUUUUACUAAAAUAUUGGUUUUCUUAUCAUUUGUCCUCCAAGGGAAUUUUUUGUCCUGUUUGUGAUAAAAGUAAUGGCACUCGUUGCUGGUCGCGAGCGUAACACGGUUGUUUCGUGACAUUCAAAUUUUUUCCGCUAUUUGUUAGAGGUAAUUGCCUUUGAAUCGCCAUACAUCGAUAAAUUUACUUCUUCAUUUUAACGUAGAUGCAUUGAAAAAAUUGGCUCAACACAUUUUAGAGAAGAAAAUUGAGAAUCCACUAAAACGCUACCAAGAGAGAAUGAGGUGACGCUACAACAGUUCGUUCCAGGCCCCACUGUUUUUCGAAAAAUCAUUGGACAAGAUUAAGACGUCGAGGAUUUUUUUAAAAAAGUUUCUACGUGAUUAUGUACAGGUAAUGAAACCCAAUAAAACUAAUAAAAAAGUGUACAGCUCUUUAAAAUGAUUCACAAGGGCAAGGGCAAGGGCUAACGUACCUGGGCCGUGGCCACGAAACGUGAACUCUUACCCGAAGAGCUCAUGUAGCUUUUGUAGCUUUUCCAUCGGGUAGCGGUUAGCAUUAAGAUUAAGAACCUGGGUCUUAAGGUUCCUUGUUAGCGCAUAUUUUUAUGCCUGCAAAAGAACAAGCAAGUCACUGGAAGGAUUUUUGUUGUUUCGAUCUGACCAUGGAGCGCAUGAUCUAAAUCGUUGAUACCCAGCGUUUGGCCCUAUUACUUCAGCAAUGCAUAUUUCUUUUUCCAUGUCUGUUCCCUCAUUCAUUCUUUUCCAUCUCGUUGCUGUUCUAAUUUAAGUAAUGACGACCUACUUUCUUAGAGGCCAGGUCUGAAAACAGGUAUGGAUUUAAGAGGCCAGGUCUGAAAAACAAUGUCAAACUGAAAUGACCUUUUUUGGUCUGAAAAAGGGUCCGGGCGGCACACCCCCAACAAGAAUUCCAGGAGUACCUCCCCGGGAUAACAUGUACUUCCGCGCUAAUGUGGAUCACCACAAAAAGGUUUUACUUCAUUCUAUGCGUAUUUACGACAGACAUGCCAGUGACUGCAGACUGUGGCUCAAUCCAAGUGCGACGGGUAUACCACGGGUAGUUUCUGAGCAAUGAUGUGCAUAAGGCUUCAAAAUUAUUUGUAAUACCAAUUACCGAUUGAAUAGAAAUUUUUGUAAUGCUACAAUACAUUGUCUCUUCAUCUGUUCUUCUGUACAUUCGCUCCCUGAGUAAUUUCCUCUGGCCAAUUGCAAUGCUUAUUUUCCUCAAAUUUUUGUUUUUGCGUCUUGACCGAAGUACUGCAAAUAGCUGUAUCACGACAAUGAUGAGCUUAACUUUCGACUCAUAUCGACUCAUAGCAUAGAAGUACUUCUUCGGACCAACACAAUCGCGACUUGCACUGAUUAUGACGGGAUGAUUGACAGAUGGCAAAAUAAACUCAAAACAGUCUUAUUCCCUAGUAGGAUUCGAGGUGUCAAAAAUACUUUUAGAAUAAAAAUUGAUUUUAUUAAGAAAAAUUGCCAAAUUUCCGCGUUGUUUCCUGGGUCACGUGCAUCUUCUCUACUAAAAGCGAAAUGUCUAUUAAUAUUAAAUUGACUUUCAAGAAUACUAGAAAUCUGGAUGCAGAAAAAAUAAAUAGUUUGUAAAAACCUUCCGUGCACAUUUUACAUAAAGCAAAAAUCCAGAACUACUUUAUAAAAUAUACUAGCCUGCUUAGAAUGGCGGUCUUGUCGUGCGAAGCUCGCGCGAACGAGCAUUGCUCCCGCCCCAAUCUCCUCGCGGUUUCACAGCCCUCGCCCGCCUUAUAAGCUAGUACUGCGCGCCAGACCAAAACUACGCAGGCUAAUAAAUAACCGGAAAAAUCAAACACGUAAUGGAACAAUUCAUUUUAAAGGUUUAAGGAAAACGUUGCAGAGAAAUUCGCUCGACCUUCUCUUUAUGUAAAAUUGGAUGUACAGUUUCUUAGACAACUCAGUCGGCACAGGUUAUGGGCUCCUGAUCAGCAUUAAGAAUACUAUUACAUUUACCAUGACUUGAUGAGUAGUUUUUUUUUUCAACGGAAAGGUAAAAAGCUUAGUCCGUACUAGACUGCAAAACAGUCGGUUUUUUCCUCAAAAUCAGUAAAGAAAUCGGUAAAGCGUGCCGUAAGAGUCUUAUGCGCGCGGACGUGAGCCCACACGCCCUAUGGGCGUGUGAGGCGAGAAAAAAAAACCGUAUUUUUUAGCGUCUCUCCCCAGUCUCGCUCUCUGUUUUCAGCCUCAUUCCAGACCUUUUGUUUGACUGCUCGCGCGUACUUGAAUACGCAAAAAUACGGACUGUUUUGCAGUCUAAGUCCGUACCUCGAAAGAGACAUGACUAUCCUCGUAGCAAACCUGAACCCUACACCCACCCUUCUAAACCCCCAUUAAUGCUCCUUGUUAUGGGUAUUUACAGCUACUUAAAGCUACACGGAAAGGAGAGAAGUCGAAAAAGGGAUUGGAGGUCACAUUUGGGGAUCGGCCUUUAGACUUCUCCCAUAGAAGGCCGCGCAACAACCAACUGUACCAAUCCUUUCUCCUCAAAAGCAAGUGAAAACGCAAAGUAGCGCAGUAGAAAGCCUACCGGACCGAGUGGGACUUGUGUUUUCAAAAAUUGAGUGUUACAUGACCAUUUUUUAGCUUUUCCUUGCUCCCAAAAAAAAAAGAUGUUGACACGUCCUUAAGGGCGACAGUUUCGAGCCAGUUGCAGCCCAAAUAAUGAUCAAUUAUGUCUCACACAUACGAACAGACCCGCCCUGACGAAUAUCAGUUCGUAUUUUAAGUGGUUCGUUAUAUCUUUUCUUUCUUUCUGCAACGUACAUACUGAAUAUGUCUAACGUCGAAAAUCUCUACGAGUAGAUUUUCCCAAGGCCACAGCAGAAAGUCGGUCUGUACACUCCUUCGCUAUGGUUAAAAGAACAACAGCAACAACAGCUCGUUAUUAAGGACAGUUUGCUUUGUCCCUGGGGAAAGAAAACCUUUACAUUUUCUGUAAACUCACCCCGAGAGGGUCCUAAGAUCUCUAUUUUGCUUUAAAGAUACAAAAAUAGAAGUUUAUUAAUAUUUAACUCUUUGAAACAAAAAAGAAAUUAAUUUUUAACGUUUUCGUUAACCGUAACUGAAAAAAUUAACCGAUAGCCGUAAAAGAUUCAAAAUUUUAGCCGAAAGCCGUAAAAGCCACCACCCCAUUGAGACCCUCUUGUCUGCUUCGUGUCCAGUCCACGAGGACUGGGCAUGAAAUACAAAGUCACUCAUACAACUACGCAUACGUAUUUCAAAUAGAUGACUGGGCUAAAUUGCUUUCUUAGCGUCUUAUCGCGUCACAUUUGCAAAGAAAUUAGUUUUAUUUGCCCAAGAAAUUUUACUGCCAUAUCUUGAGGAGUCGAUCCGAAAGAAAUAUUAUUUUUAGCAAAGACCUCGAGGUCGGGUGUCAGAAACCAGUCACGCUCGCAGUUACGACCAUUUUGCAAAACGGUUUACAAACCAGAUAAAAUUGCAACAAACGGAAUCAAUGGCCAAUAUAGUUUCAGACGAUUAAGAAAUAACCUUAAAAUGAAAAAGAACUAAGGUAAGAUCCAUCAAGCCAUCAAGUGAAGUUGACUUUCACGAGCAAAGCACAAGGCAAGUGUUCGUUAAUUAUAAGGUCUUCAAAAUUUCUGGAAAUUCAAACGGCGGUCAUAUUCGAAAACGUAAGAAAAAAAACUAAAAUUUUAUUCCUUUUUACGUUUUACUAUCAUUUCUAGUUUGUAUUAAUACAGAUAGCAACGUUCAGACGGGUGCCACACUUUUUUAAACUCCCCUCAAAGUUGAGCUAUUUUCUUGUUUUGAUGGAAGGCUGAUGACACGUGCCAGGAAAAAGAUUCAUACAGUUAAAAUGAAUAAAUAAUUCGGAACUGUGAUAUGGCUAGGACAUCUGGAGUGGUGUAUCCGUAUACAUGUUUUAAAAAGAAAUUCGGAUUCUUCAACGAGUUGUUUGUUUUCUGUAGCGCCGGCAAUGUAGGCGAUUUUUGUAGUUUCAAAGGCUCUAUUGCGUCGGUGCUAACCGGCCGAAAAUUCAACAAUUCGUAAAAAAUUAUAUUUCGCAUUUUCGGUCAAACAAAAUGCAUUUUUGUAGCUAAUUAUGUAAAGAAUUUAAUAUCCCAGAAUAUAAAGAAAACUGAUUUUUUGAUCCGAAAUCACUGGUCGGUUCUUACGGGGACGCGCUCUUCAGAGGCGCACCCCUACAAAAUGAGACCCAAUUCAAGGAAAAAACACACAAACUAAGAAUUUAAAGGCAACACAUACCCUGCGUGAUCAGAAGGCCUUUUCGUAAAUUAAUUGUCAGUCAUGCACGCCAAGAAAAGACCGUGAGUAAAGAAACGCCGAAAAAGUCUUCAUUAAGUCGCUUUCAUGAUACUCUAAGGUAAAAAGUUCAGCUAACAGACCAUUUUUUUUUUUCUCGUGUAGCUGGGCAUUUAUACCUGUAGACUCUUGAAUGUUAACCAAUUGAUAACGGCGGGAACACAACACUAACAAGGGAAAAAUUGAUUCAGUAUGGAAGAAUAAGACCCUCAAAUACCAUACUUUUUCGUGCGUCACAUACCUAUCUAGCCAAAAUAUGGGAGUACCCCUCCUCCCCCUCACAGCCCUCCAAGCAAUCAAGUUGAAGUUUAGUAAAUUGAAUCUAGUUUAAUAGGCCUACUACAGCUAUAAUCAUUUCUGCACAAAACAGGUAUCAAACUUGUUAUGAUCCCGGAAUCGGUUCAAUGAGGCCCUGUUGGGGAGGGGGGGGGGGGGGGGGGUUCUUAUCCCUUAUCCUUGUAAAUCUAAGAGGACAUAUCCCUUAUCCCUAAACGUUGUAAGAACGUUACUACUAAAAGUCAGGAAACACGCAGGGGGAGGUGCUGGGGAAAAACUUGCCCCUUUCCGCGCACUUUUUGUGGGAAAAAAAAAAAAAUGUUUGCCACAAAUUUUUGUAGUUACAUUCAUGUUAGAAUUAAAGAAGGUAUAACUGUAGCUGAAAAGAUGCAAUAGUCAUUGUGAUUGUUAUGGCAUUGCAAAGGCUCGAUUAAUCCGUUUCCAGAGGCGACUUUUUACGCGUGUAAACAAGCGGCGAUUUCACAAAGACUCUUCUCAAGUGCUAACAAAAACACAAUAACCAUGCAGCCGUUGUCUCGUGGGUUUUGCGAAUACAGUAAAAUGGGUUUUCUUGGCGGCAAAGAUAUUCCCACCUUAUUAUCCAGCUUGCGAUCCUAUAACCAAUAAAAGUAAAGGGGAGAAAAAUAAGUGUAGAUCAUAAUUAAUGUAGAACCAUGAUGAACUUUCAUUACUCCCUAAAACAAUUCAAUUAUCCCCAAAAUUAUUUUCUCAAUUAUCCCUUACUGGUUCCCUUAUCCCUAAGGAAAAGGUCUGAAAGGUUAGUCAUCACAUGUCAAUGCAAAUAAGAAAUGCAUUAUCAUUGGCGUAUAUCAUACAUCAUCUCUGUAUAUCUGUCUUUAAAGACUAUGUCCAUUUUCAUAACUAACUGUAAGGAAUAGCAAUACAAUAAACAAAGGGAGGAAAAUAAGAAAAAAAAGGAAAGUUGAAAAAAAUGUGUGAUUCCAUUUCACUCAUGGUUCUUAUUAAAUUUGUUUUGUUUUAGUUUAUGAUAAUUCUUUCAAAGUCAAGAAUAAAAAUAAAUAAAUAAAUAAAAUUCAAACUAAGGAAAAUACACUACAGAGUAACUACACCUCAGUGUUUACUCAAAAGUUAAUACUUACGUUUUGUUGGUUUGUUAGAUCCGUCCAGUGGUUGGAAUGGCUUCACUCGCAAGGCGUUUAUUUUUUCAAUCAGCAAUAAAGAAGAACUGGAUCCCUUUGUAAGUGAGGUGGGGUGGACAUACGAGGCAAUUCACAGGGCGUCAUGGUAUGGUCCACGGUUUGGUUUGGACAUCUACAUUGCUAAUAAUGCCAACCGUAACAGCCGCUCAUACGCAGGCCUUGGCAUGUACUACCGUGCUCCUGCUGCAGUGCAGGACCCGGACACAAUCCUGGCCGGGACUGAGUACUUCUCACCUGAUGAGGUGGAGGUAUUUUAUCUUGACCCUACUCAAUAA